GAUCGUGCGCAUACGCGUACUCCAAGAAACAUGGACUCGCCACACUCCAGCGUACAUUCACGGGGCCGUCCUGCUUCACGGGAUGGUAUUAUGCUUGGGGAACGAAGCGCCCCAACGCAUACUUCCGCUCACACCUGAACGGUAGCUACUUCGUCAUCGUCCACUCCCCGACCAUGGCCUUCACGGGAUCAUGGCACAAGGUUGUCUACCCGGAGAAGCGGGUGGGAAUCGUUCAGUUCACCAUAGCGGCUCUACUUGACGGCACCAGCGAAAGUACGACCUUCGCCGUGGACGAUCUCACUUUCAAGUCGGGUCCUUGCGAUCCAGCUCCGAAAGAUGGGUCAUGUGACUUCGACUGGGGAGACGCGUGUGGCUACACUGUUGGCAACGGUACCUCCCAAUGGCGAAUCGCCGAUCGCUCCAAGAAUCUCUUCAGUGAAGGAUGGCUGGUACCAACAGAUGUUUCCACGGGUUCUAAAGGUGGCUAUGUUCAUCACACGGCACCCAACGGCAAGAGGUCUACGGCCGUGCUCAGCUCUCCGAAAGUAAAUCCGAAGUCCAAAUAUCAGUGUCUGCAUUUCUACUACUACAUUGGUGCAGCUACACCUUGGGCCUAUGCUUACGGCCUCGUGGUGUCCUUGUCAAGUUCAUCAAAAGAUAUUCGAAUUUUGUGGCAUGGUACUCGUGAUUCCCUGGUGACCGGAACUUGGAUUGCUGCACAAGUUUCAUUCAAUGUCAAGAAUAACUUUCAGGUGAUCAAAUUCUGA